CCUCACACGGCGGCCGGCCCCUCACACGGCGGCCGGCCCCUCACACGGCGGCCGGCCCCUCACACGGCGGGCGGGCCCGGGCGCGCCGGGCUCGGGAAAACAGCGGCGGGGAGAGGCAGGGAACCCGCGAGGGGAAUAGCAGCGACUUCGUGAAAAGGCUCGCUGAUUUCACGCUGGGAAAAACUGCCGGUGUCCGGCAACUUCCUGAGAAAGCGGCCGAGGAGCCGCAGGGCCGGGGAGGGCGCCGGGUUUGGGACAGCGUUAAAGGAAAGCCGGCAGGGGUUGCGAGAGCAGCAAAGGAAACUGGGCAGCGUUUGGGACAGCGGCGAGGGAAACCCGGCGGGUGUCUGAGGAGUCGUGGAUUUGCAAAGAAAAACAGCCCAAGUUUCAAAAAGAGCAGGUUUUCAAGGAAAAAUACAGUUCCGAACUGCGUCGGUGAAGAGGCGAGUGCCGGUGCUGCGAGGACAGCGUUAUCCCAGCGGUUCCAUGGCUGCGCGGCGCUGGAGGGGUCUCCCCUCUGGGAAUUUCUCUGAUUGUCCCAAUGGCUCCCGCUGGAUCAUGGAUGUGUUCAAUGAGUGUGCCCAGGACAGCAGGGAUGUCGCCAGCAUCGUCCUGGGGCUGGGCUCCAUCGGCUGCUUCAUCGCCGCCGCCUUCCCGCAGUUCUACCAGGCCUGCAGAACGGGCAUCAUGGACCAGGCUCUCUCCAUCUAUUUCCUGCUGGGAUGGCUGGGCGGAGACCUCCUCAACCUCAUCGGUUCCUUCCUGGCUGAUCAGCUGCCCCUGCAGGUGUACACGGCCAUUUACUACGUGCUGGCAGACCUGGCCAUGCUCUCCCUCUACUGCUACUACCGGGUGAAGAACGGGGGCAGAGCGUUCCCUGCUCCCAUCAAUGCAGCUUUUGUGUUCCUCUCGGUGGGGUCCCUGUCCAGCCUCUCCCUCCUGGGCAGUGCCAGCACCGAGGCUCCAGGGACUUUCAAAGGGAGGUCUCUGCUGUCAACUCCUGGGGGUGAGCUUGGACCAAAGCCUUUCUCCAGGACUGAAAUCAUUGGAUUUACCAUCGGUUCCAUCUCCUCCGUGCUCUACCUGUGCUCCCGAGUGCCCCAGAUCUGCACCAACUACAAGAGGAAAUCCACCAGUGGGGUCUCCUACUCUCUCUUUGCCCUGGUGAUGCUGGGGAAUUCCCUGUACGGCCUCAGUGUCCUCCUGAAGAACCCGGAGCCAGGCCAGGGCCAAGGUGACUACAUCCUGCACCACCUGCCCUGGCUCGUGGGCAGCCUGGGCGUGCUGGCCCUCGACGUGGUUAUCUCCUUCCAGUUCCUGGCCUAUCGGAAAGGCCGGCCUGGCACGCUCGAGGAGAGGGGUGCUCUGCUGGGGGAGCCGGAUGAGAGCCCAGAGAGCUGACAGAGGGACCUGCCCUGCAGGGAGAGGAGGAGGAGGAUGCACGUGAGGAAGGUGGCGUUAGGGCUGGGCAGACCAGCCCCUCCAUCCUGGUGGCUCCUGGCAGAAGAGGUCCAAGCCCAGGGGGGACACAUUGUGCUGCCAAGGUGGUGGCAGAGAACGCUGCUGGGACACCUGGUGCCUCUUUGAUACCAAUGAUGCUUUCAGGACAAAAGGGAAUUUUUGGAUACCUCAGUUGCUCUUUGCUGCUCCGGUGCCCCACAGCUGAGCCUGGUCACUGCUGCACCUGCCAAGGGCGAUCUGGAACUUCCUUGGUGCUGAAAAACGUGGGGAGAGGACAGGGUGACUGACCUGCCACAGACAUGAGCACCCUGUGACCUCACAACUGCCCCCUCAGCUUCUUCUGGAAGACAGACAGGGCUGGAUCCAGUGGGGAAGGAGCAGCAGAACCGAAGUGUUCCAUCCACACCUAUUUUAAUUAGCACGGCUCACCCAUCUAUAAAACAUGUCCUUCCCCACCUGCCUCCCUUGGUUUCAUUUUGCUGCUUUACUUGGCAGCUCCUGCCUCUUUCCUAAUGAGUCUCACAGUCCCAUUUCUCUGACUUCUCAUUUUUUGCCUCACCCAUGUUUUAAUUGCAUGGAUUCCUUGGGGAAGUUGCUCCAUUGCUGUUCCCCAGCAGAAGAGCUGCCUCUCUGCUCACUCUGGUUUUCAGUUCCUGCCCUCUAUCUUUGAUGAAUUUAUCCUCAACCUGACAAAUUUAUCCUCAACCUGACAAAUUUAUCCUCUGUCUGAUGAAUUUAUCCUCAGUCUGAUUAAUUUAUCCUCAACCUGUUGAGUUUAUCCCCAGCUGGCACUGCUGAGUUUGCUGCAACACUGCUGAGUUUAUCCCCCUCUGGGGCCCUGCACUCAGCACAGCGCUCCUCGAGCAGGGAAGGACAGGAAGCAGGGCUGGGCUGGGAAAAGCUGUGUCCCCAGCAGGACAGAGGGGAGGUGUAGCCCGGCUCCCUCCCCUGGGCUGAGCUCUUCCUGCUGGGGAUCAGCAGCUCAGUCUCCCUGGGAAAAUGAGGAAAACCAACCAAAGCUUGGAGACCCUUCAGGAAAGACUAUCACAGCUUGGCCUUGUGAAAACAAGAGCUUCCCUUUUCCUGCAGCUCCUAUCAGCUCUUCAUUUUGCUUCCCUUUCCCCUCUCCAGCUCCCUUCCUGAUACCAGCAUGUCCCUUUUGGCUUUAGCUCCAUUCUCAUUGAUUUAUGAUUCCUCAGCCAGUCCCUGCCCUUUGUCCUUCCCAAGGAAGUUACUCUGCUUUGUCCUCACAUUGAGGACACCAAUCCAUGGAUCUCACAUUAAAUGGGAUUCCAACUGCUCAGUGCCCACCAAGCUGCAGCAGCAGGCUCCUGGAAACACAAGCUGGGCCAGUUCUUGGGCCUGACCCAGCUGUCUUCAGAAAGGAGAUGUGUUUUUCAGUCUCUCUGAGCCCCUUGCACCAAGUGAGUGAGUUUUUACUGGAUUAAUUAACAAUUCUGCCCUCCAAACUCACAGGCAAAGGGGCUGCUCACCUCAUCCUGAAGCAGCAGCCUUUCCUGUCCUGUCUUUCCCUGGGAAUUGUAGAACAAUUCAUAUCCUGGUUUAAUCCAAAUCAUGAGCAAAUCCCUCCUCUGUGCCACUCACAACACCGAAUAAUUGUAACAUACUGACUUAUCCUAAAUCUGGACAAAGAACCUCUGCUGUGAGGAGGAGAGCAUGGAUAGAUCUCUGUAUGUGGAGUGUCACACGUCUGUCCCCACACGGGCACCCGAAGCACGCGUUGGGUACAAAGCUGAUUUACUCUGCCUUUCCUUGGGCUGGGCAGCAUGGAGCAAGGCGAGCAGCUGCACCCAGAGCUUCCACACCCACUGCCACCUCGGGGUGGCUGGAAUUCCUGAGGCUCUCCGAGGUUCCCAUCCCUCCACGUCGCUGCUGCAGCCCUGUCCCCAUGUUCAGGAUUUCGCAGAGGCAAAUGUUAAAGCAGAAAAGGCUGAGCAGGAACAACCUCCCCUGAGGGAGAGGAUAACCGAAAACCUCACCAGGAGUCUCCCCGUCCCCAGGCUCCAGCGCUCACACAAACAUCUCCAGCUUCAGGAAAGGUUUGUGUUGGGACAGACCUGUGAGACAACAGCCAAAUGCCAGUGUUCCCUGGGGGCUCCCAGCCUUUCCCAGCCCGUGUCCCACAGGAGCCCCUGCAGGCUCUGGGUGAGCUCUGGCCACGUGCGGGAGUCUGGCUGGGGCACAGCUCGUGGUACAAAACCAAAGUGGAGCACGUUAAUUAAUCAGUGUUAAUGCCAACAGUCCCCACUUGCAGAGGGGCAGUUCCCAGAGCCAGGGGCAGGAAGAGCCCAGCAGAUCUUUCUGUGCUUCCCCAGGAUUAGGUUUGGUACAACCACAGCGUGCAGCAGGCAGGGACCCCAAAGCUGGGCCAGGUCCCUCUGCCCGCCAAGGGCUCAGGAGGGGACGCUGGGGGAAGGUCACAGGUGAUGCAGGGAACCACCCACCCCAGCACAGCCCUCUGCCCAGGGCUGGACACGCGAGCCCCCAGGCUACUUCAGCACAGCCAGCAGAGCCGGGCAGACCCUUCUCCCCUGGAUACACCUGCAUAUCCGUGUGCUGGAUGCCUGGAGCAUCAGUCCUGCACCUUGCAAGGGCCACAGAGUGAGUAACACAAGGCAAAGAGCAGAGGGACAUCACACCCCCUUCCAGACAAACAUUUCUGGAUGUGGACAAAAAACCCCCAAGUAACCCUGCAAGGAAGGAAAGAGAAACAAGGAGGACACGAUCACACAAACAUCUUCCUGGGAUUUUUUUUUUUGUUGUUUUUAUUGUUUUAGUAUUUUUUUUCUUUUCUUUUUUUUCCAUUUUUAGUAUGGAGGCUCAAGUAUCAGAUGUAGAUUCAAUUUAAGCUUUACAAAAAAAACAAAAAAUCAAAACAAAAACCCCUUUUGCAUUCCAUAAAAAUCGACAGAAAAGCGCCUUGGAACCAGGCUAUAGAAGAGCAGAACUUUCAGCAGGUCUUGAAAUCACCAUCUCCUGCACAUCUGGGUUACUCAGUAUUGUACAAGCCCAAGGAACAGCCUCUCUUCCCUCCCUCCCUCCAGCCAGCCCCUGUGCCCAGCCCCCAAACAUACGUGGAAUAGAUUAUUUUUCUUUUUUUUUUUUUUUUUGUUUUUCCAGUUCUUCCUCUUUCACACACCACAGUAUUUAAUAAAUUUUUGUUUUACAUUUUUUACACCAAUGUAACAAAAGGCAGGAGGGGUGAGGGAGGAAAAGACAAACAAUGAUCUGUGGUGAUGAUAUAAAUGGGGGAGGGUGGGAAGGGGGGGGAGAAAAAAGUAAUACAUGGACUUCUACAGAAAUAUAGCCUAAGGUCUCAAUAGUAAAAUGUGGUGCAAAGUAGGCCU